AAUUUACGAAGAAGAAAAAGCAUCAGUUUUCAUCAGAUUCUAGAGAGAGAAAGAAAAAGUAGAAAAGUAAAAGGAAGAAGAAGAUGAUGAAACUGCGUGGACCUUCAGAUAAACUGAUCUGAUCAUUUCCGAUUCAGAGAACUGACUUGUUUGAUUUGAAACAAUCAGAUUUCCAUCUUUGUAAAAGCUUCACAUACGGUGGAGAUCUGAAGAAGAAGAAGAAGAAGAUCGAUCGAGAGGUUAGAUUAGAUUAGAUUCGAUUCCGUCUCUUCUAAUUCAAACUAUUCGAAUUUGAAGAAUCUGGAGUAGUCAAACACAGACGAUUUGAGACGAUUUGAGAAGAAGAAGAAGAAGUGGAUAUAGAUGGAAAGUUGUUAACCGCGUCUCUCAAGGUCGUCUGACGAACAAACAAGAGAAUUUUACUUUCGAGAUGGAUGAAUUUGGCGCUCAAUUUGUUCCUCCUAUAUUUAUCCAGCAACAGCUUUCAGGCCGAUUUCGUGACGGACCUUCACAUCAAGUAGCUAAGAAACGUUCUUUUCCUCCAAUUCAAAGCACUAGUUCACAACCUCAUCAGCAACAAGCAACUAGAUUUCAGAAUUCAGUUGGUCAAUGGAACGCCAGUGCUUGGGAUUGGGACAGUGUUGGAUUUUCUGCUAAACAAUUGGGAUCUGAUGAAACAGGUCUGAAUAACCGCUCUAUUGAUCAAGUAGAUGGAAGCUUGAGUCUAAAGUUGGGCGGUGUAGGAGGAGGAGGUGUUGAAGAAAUUGUUCAAAAGACUGGGAAGAGGAUCCGGGCCGGUUCUCCUUCUGGCGGGAACUAUCCGAUGUGUCAGGUUGACGAUUGCAGAGAAGAUCUAUCAAAGGCUAAAGAUUAUCAUCGUAGACAUAAAGUUUGUGAGGUUCAUAGCAAAUCAAGUAAAACUGUGGUUGGAAAACAAUUGCAGAGGUUCUGUCAGCAGUGCAGCAAAUUCCAUCCCCUUACUGAAUUUGACGAGGGGAAAAGAAGUUGUAGACGUAGACUUGCUGGCCAUAACAAGCGCAGAAGAAAAACUCAAACGGAAGAUAUUGGGCGUAGUGAAAACAGUGCUGUUACUGCUACUGCAAAUAUGGACAUUGUUAACUUGCUAAGGGCUGGUUUGUCGACAACUGGACCUAGCCAAGACCAGCUCAUUCAGAUUCUUAAUAAAAUAAACUCAUUGCCAUUGCCAGUGCCAAUGCCAGUCGACCUUCAGCCAAAACCGACUGGAAUUGUUCCGAAUCAAGCGUUAUUGAAUCCCACCAUGGAUUUGCUUACUGUGUUUUCAUCACCCGAAGGCAAUAAUAUCCAACCAAAAGUUGUGUCCAGAGUUCAUUACUCCUCCGAAAGCAGCAGUCCCAUGGACGAGUCAUCCUCACCUUCAUCUUCUCCGCUUGUUGUUCAAAAACUGUUUCCAAUGCACGAAAGGAUCACAACUAGUCAGGAGGAAGCUAAUCCUAAGGUUGAACGAAGUAGAGGUCAAAUGAAGAACAACUCUUUUGUCCUUUUUGGAGAGUCGAUUGAAUCUGCUGAAAAUGAUCUGUUCCAUAGCCCUCCAUAUCAAGCAGCAGAGCAGCCUUCAUCAUCCGGAUCUGAUCAUUCGCCUUCUAGUUUGAGUUCUGAUUCACAGGAUCGUACUGGUAGAAUAAUUAUCAAACUAUUUGAUAAGGAUCCUAGUCAUUUACCUGGCGGUUUAAGAACACAGAUCUUCGAUUGGCUUUCUCAUAGCCCUUCUGAAAUGGAGAGUUAUAUAAGACCUGGUUGUGUAGUUUUAUCUAUUUACAUAUCAAUGUCGUCUGCUGCUUGGGAUCAGCUAGAAGAAAAUCUUGUUCCUCGUGUGAGUUCUUUAGUUCAUCAUUCCGACACUGACUUCUGGAGAAGCGGGAGAUUCCUAAUUCGGACAGAUAACCAGUUAGCAUCGUACAAGGAUGGAAAAAUUCGACAUUGCAAGUCAUGGAGAACACAUCGUUCCCCAGAGUUAUUAUAUGUGUCUCCUUUGGCUAUUAUCAGAGGCAAAGAGAGUUCUCUUAUGUUGAAGGGAAAGAACCUGAAUACUCCCGGGACCAAGAUUCACUACACUCAUACUGGUGGUGGGUAUUCAUCAAAGGAAGUUGGGGAAUUAGCUUUCCAUGAAACUCGACAAGAUGAGCUAAGCUUAGUUAAUUUCACAAUCAACGAGAAAUCUUCUGAGGCUGUUGGUCGAUGUUUCAUUGAGGUUGAAAAUGGCUUCAGAGGCACCAGCUUUCCAAUAAUAAUAGCUGAUGCUGCCAUCUCCGAGGAAUUGCAGACCCUUGAAUCGGAAUUCGAAGAGUAUAAUGAAGUUAGACGUAAGGGGGUUCUACAUUUUCUUAAUGAACUUGGAUGGCUAUUUCAGAGAAAGCGCUGUUCUUCUGGUCAAGACAUGCCUGAUUUUUCUCUCAGUCGGUUUAAAUUUCUAUUGAUCUUCUCGGUGGAAAGGAAUUGUUGUUCGUUGGUUAAAACCGUAUUGGACAUAAUUCUAGAAAGAAUUCUUAACAAUGAAGAACAGUUGAGAAUUUCUUCAAAGAUGUUAUCGGAGAUUCAAUUGCUGAAUACUGCAGUGAAAAUGAAGCAUAAGGAUAUGGUUCGCUUGCUUAUUCGAUAUUCUGUUCUGAACAAUAACAGCGAGCCUGUUUACAUAUUCUCGCCUAAUCAAGCCGGGCCUGGAGGCAUUACGCCUUUGCAUUUGGCCGCUUGUUUACCCGGUUUGGAUGAAGUUGUUGAUGCUCUAACUAGCGACCCACAAGAGAUUGGAUUACGAAAUUGGAACACUCUUCUGGACAAUACCGGGCAAUCCCCAAGUUCAUACGCCUCAAUGAGGAACAACCACUCAUACAACAGCCUAGUUUCUCAAAAGCAAAUCGACAGAAACAACAACCAAGUUUCUUUAUCAAUCGAAACAGAAUCAGACCCUCAACACAUUACGAAUCAAAACCGCGAAUUUCGUCGUCGAAUCAACCCAAACCAAGCAGUAGUACCAUCGUCAUGUUCGAAAUGCGCUGCAAAAUACAAAGCACCCGGUUCUUCACACGGUUCAAUUCACCGACCUUAUAUCCUUUCGAUGCUUGCGAUUGCCGCUGUUUGUGCUUGCGUGUGUCUGUUUUACCGAGGCGCCCCUGAUAUUGGAAGGGUGAAUCCGUUUAAAUGGGAGAGAUUGAAUUACGGGUAUAUUUGAAACGGAAAAGGGUACCGAGAAUGUUUUUUGAAUGUUACAAUAGGAGGAAGUGAAGAUGGAAUAGUAUUUUAAUGUAUGUAUGAUUUUCUAAUCCUUUUAUUUUAUGAGAUCUUAAAAUGAGGGUUUAUUUCACUGUAAAUUAUUAUAAUUACUUGUAAUAGUUAGAUGGUUAAUUAAUUGCUUUUGUAGUUAAUAUUUACAACAAGUUUAAUUGUGUGUCUAUUUGACAAAUGUUUUUAAUGAAUGAAUUUAUAACUAAAUGUAUUGUCUUGUGUA